GCUCAUCUCCAUUAUCCACGCUUUGCAUUUCGGCUUUCUAGAGAUCUCUCAUAAUGGCUGCGUAACUCAUCUCUCUCAGCCUCUUCGCUAAAUCUCUGUUUUUUGGUACCCUCAACGAACGCUAAUAUGGAAAUUUCAAAAAAUUCUUUGUAAUUUUGAGUAAUUUUUCUUCAAAUUGACAACAAUUGAUAAAUCUCGAUUUGGCUGAAAGAGGAGAUUGAAUUUCGGGUGAAUAUAACAAGUGUGGUCAUAUACGUGCAUAUAUACGUUAUAAUAGGAUUUGUGAAUGAGAAUGGGUGGUGAUGUAACGUACAAUGAAGUAGAAGAGGAGGAAAAGGUGAGAAACGAGGAGGAGGUGGAGGAGAAAAUGGUAAUACAGAGGAAAUAUGCGGUUGCCGGAGGAGGAUUUCCGCCGAUGACUAAGGGGGUGGUGGUGGGAUAUGCUCUUACAUCUAAGAAAACUAAAAGCUUUUUGCAACCCAAGCUUGAAGGUUUAGCUAGGAAUAAGGGAAUACAGUUCGUUGCUAUUGACCCAAGUAUACCCCUUUCAGAUCAAGGACCCUUUGAUAUAGUGUUGCAUAAGUUAUCAGGAAAGGAAUGGCGGCAUGUGCUUGAGGAUUAUAGGCGAAACCAUCCUGAAGUCACAGUUCUUGAUCCUCCAGAUGCCAUACAGCUCGUGCAUAAUCGCCAGUCUAUGCUUCAGGAUGUUGCUGACCUGAACCUGUCGAAUGCCUACGGAAAAGUCGGUGUCCCAAAACAACUGAUAUUCAAGAAAGAUCCUUCAUCAAUGCCUGAUGCACUCAACAAGGCUGGGCUGAGGUUUCCCAUUGUGGCAAAACCCUUGUUUGCAAAGUCACAUGAGUUAUAUCUUGCAUAUGAUGAAUUCUCCCUUCAGAAUUUGGAACCACCACUUGUCUUGCAGGAAUUUAUCAAUCAUGGUGGUGUCCUGUUUAAGGUUUAUAUUGUCGGGGAAGCAAUUAAGGUGGUCAGGCGUUUCUCCCUACCUGAUGUUACUAAACCGGAACUCUCUAAGAAUGCUGGUGUAUACCGCUUUCCUAGAGUAUCUUGUGCCGCUGCAUCAGCAGAUGAAGCAGACCUCGAUCCAUGUGUUGGUGAGCUCCCUCCACGACCAUUACUUGAGAAACUGGCGAAGGAACUACGUCGACGACUGGGUCUUCGGCUGUUUAAUCUUGAUAUAAUUCGAGAGCAUGGAACUAGAGACCGUUAUUAUGUCAUAGACAUCAACUAUUUUCCUGGAUAUGGGAAAAUGCCAGAAUAUGAGCACAUAUUUACAGAUUUUCUUUUAAGUCUGGUACCAAGAAAAUAGGUGGAGAAACCUUGUCAAGGGAGAUGUGAGUGCUGUAUGGAAAGCGUUUCACUAAAUAUGAAAUAUUAUGUUGGCCAUGGAUGUGCAGGACGAAUUGAAGUUAACUCCCGCGACUCAAUUCCAUGUGGCAGACAGUAGUAGGUGCUCAGUUUCUAUUUUGCUGUCCCAUUGGCAUGAAUUUUGCGACUUAAGGGGAAAUUAUCAUGAAUUUUGGGUUGCGCCCCUUCGUUUCAAAAUUCCUUGUUUUUUUAACUAACUUGAUGCUUUUACGUAAUCUCACAUAUGCUUCGAGUUGUUUGGUUCAGCAUGGCAGAAGUCCGUUGUAGUUCAACUUGGAGCCCAUGUAAAUCUUUUUUAGAUCAAUAACAUGUACAUUCUAUUCUGAUUCAAAUUUGUUGGUCCUUUAUUUCUUUACACAA